UUGAUACAAAUAUACCCAGCGGUUUUGUGGCUCCAAACUACAAUAGUUCAGGAAGCUGAUUCUGCGUCUGCCGUGGAUGCAAUCUGAAAGCCUGCAGUGAGCAUCAGCCAGGACCCAAGGGCAUUCAAUAACCAGGAAAAUGACUGCAUUUCUCAAGGAAGAAACAAAGGAGAAAACUUUUUUUCUUGAGUAGCUGGAAGGAAAAGCAAUACAAUCUUGCCACCCGGUUAAUUUGGAGAAGCAUUUUUCAAAAUACCUCUUGACUGUGUGGAUCUUGUAACUCUGACACAAAGGUGCCUUUGGAGCUGUGCAAAUAAAUCACUGGAAGAAUUGACUGGGCAAAGUGGUCGUUGACAGAGUGACUCUUGAAGGAUCAUGACGAAGCACUCAGAGAUCAUCAAUUUGUCAUUUUUGAUGGAACACGAAAGGGAAACAAUACUGGGAGUGUUGAAGAGAGAUGAGUACUUGAAAAAAGUUGAAGAUAAAAGAAUAAGGAAAUUGAAAAACGAGCUUUUGGAAGUGAGACGGAAAGGCGGAAGCCGUCACUGUGAACAGGACAACAGCAGGGUCUGUGUCCGCUGCCAGAAAAGCCUGGGCUUGAUCUUUGACCGAGGGGAGCUGUGCCAGAGCUGCCAACUGCGGGUGUGCAGCUCGUGCCGCGUGGCGGGUUUAAACGGUUCAUUUAAAUCCUGUAUCUGUAAUAAAAUCUUAGAGCUACGGAUAGUGACAGGAGAAUGGUUUUUUGAAGAGAGAGCAAAACGCUUCAAACAAUCAAAUCUCGGAACUGAUGUUGUCAGACAAUCUAUCCUACACAAAUUCCCAGACACAGUUUCCACUGCUGAUGAAGAAAGAACAUACAAAGAACAACCCCAAGAAAAUGAAGRAAAAAAGCCAGAUGUACCAGUCUCCUCCACAAAUGGGCACAAAUCUGUCUUUAGCAGGCCUAGAAAAAUUGGGAAGGUGAUCAGGGCAGUUACCAAAGGAGAGAUUAUAUAUGGAAAAGAUGAAGGUGAGAGGAACACAGAGGCUGAAAGCCCAAACCUGCGGGGUGGCAAAUCAGCUCCGUGCUCMGAGAGAGGCAGCACUGUUUCCCUGAGCAGCAGCAGUGGUGCAGGGGCUGUUGUAGCCCAUCCCAGAGGGUUUCCAAGCCCCGGGAGCAGAGGCAGCGCUCCCAAACCCUCCGUGCCGCGCUCGCCGGCGCUCAGCACCCGCAGCAUGACCACGGACUGCAGCCRGGACACAGGCUUAGAAAAUGGCAUGAUUAUUCCAGCAAGUGAAAGUGUACCUGAAGAUUUAGUAAAGAAGCACUGCAGGAAGCCAUCUGGAACACCUUCCAUUGCAGUUUCUAGGGUAUCUUUGUCAUCAGACCGCAGCCGAUCUGAGAUCGAUUUGAGUGAAUCUUUCUCUGAAGGGAAUGAGGACACUCUGAGCAUAAGGAGCAAAUCUGUACCUAGUGCCUUAGAUCAGGAAUUGGGUUAUCUGGAUGAAACAGAAGAAGACAUUGAUGGCAUAGUGGCCUCUCGUUACCCGAACAAACAUGAACAAAUGACAAGUGGAUUAUCAACAAACUCCCCAGAAGGCUCUGACAGAAAAUGGACAUAUUUAAAUGUGCCUGAAACAGAUGGUGAUACUACGAGCAUUAACAGCAUGAUGAGUGUGUACAGUGAAACUGGUGACUAUGGCAACGUGAAGGUCAGCGGUGAAAUCCUCCUCAACAUCAGCUACGUCUACAAAACAGGGGCCCUCAACAUCCUGGUGAGGAGCUGCAGAAACCUGGCCAUUGCAGACGAGAGGAAGCACAGGACUGAUCCAUAUGUCAAAGCCUACCUUCUGCCUGACAAGUCCCGCCAAAGUAAGCGCAAGACCAAAAUUAAAAGUAACAGCACCAACCCAGAAUUUAAUGAGACUCUGAAGUAUGUCAUCAGUCAGUCCCAGCUGGAAACCAGGACCCUGCAGCUUUCUGUCUGGCACUAUGACAGGUUUGGACGUAACAGCUUCCUUGGGGAAGUGGAAAUUCCAUUCGACUCCUGGAACUUUGAAAAUCAGGGCGAUGAGUGGUUUGUGCUCCAGCCCAAGGUGGAGGUUGUGACAGAUUUUGGGCUUCAGUACAAAGGAGAACUGACGGUGGUUUUACGUUAUAUUCCCCCAGACAGAAACCUAAUGCUUCCUCUGGGGCAGUUUCAAGGAAAGAAGAGCUUCMAAAAAGGAAAAAAAGGAGAUGCUCACCUGCCAUCUGGAGGCAUUUUAGAAGUCCUCAUCAAAGAAGCAAAGAAUUUAACAGCAGUGAAAUCAGGAGGCACAUCUGACACUUUUGUGAAAGGAUACCUGCUCCCAGAUGACAGCAAAGCCACAAAACACAAAACUCCCAUUGUAAAAAAGAGCGUGAACCCCCAGUGGAAUCACACCUUUGCUUUCAGUGGCUUGAAUUCAAGGGAUAUAAGGAAUUCCUGCCUGGAACUGACUGUGUGGGACAAGGAGUCGCUUUCCAGUAAUAUUUUUUUGGGAGGGGUCCGUUUGAGCACUGGAAAUGGUGUGAGCAAUGGCAAGGAGGUGGACUGGAUGGACUCACACGGGGAGGAGCAGCACCUCUGGCAGAAGAUGAUUGACAGUCCGGGAGCUGCGGUGGAAGGGGUGUUAAUGCUCAGAUCCAGCAUGGGAAAACGCAGACUCUGAAAGAGGAAAACACAGACUCUGAAAUAUUUUAACUGCUGGGGGAUGCCACAGGAACUCCUGGCUUCAGUGGUGUCCAGGCUCUUGUCACUUUGUCCAUUUGAACUUGAGAAGGGUUGUACUCUUUGCCUUGGAUGUUAAGGCUCUGAGUGAGAUUUUAAUGCAUUUUGCACUUUCAUGCACUUGUUUUUUACCCAGGCUUCUUGUGUGAAUUGUCUCUCCUGAGGCCACUGAGAACUGGACCUUGUACAGAKAUCAGAGUGUCUUUCUCUGUCCCUUCUGGAGGCUGGUGUGUAGCUGAUGAACAUUCUGCUCAGAGUGAGCCAUUCUCUGGUUGGUCAUUUAGUGAGUAAUGCCAGGUUUAUCAAUCUCCUUCUGGCUCAGAGAWGGCUGAGAAGGCAGCAGUGGCACGRYACAAGCAGACUCAGAGUSAGUCAGUCUGUGCUUGGGUGUUUGUAAGUUAAGAAGCCAUAAUGUUGUGAAUGAGAACAAACAGCAUUUCUUUAUUCUGUUUGCUCGUCAGGCUGUGAGUGGAGAAGCACGACAAGCUCAGGACCAGGCACCCAGCCAAGCAAGGCCAACACUUGGUUCAAUGUCAUCAAAAAGCCUCCAGUGAAAAUAAAUCAUAACAAAUCCUCAAACAGUUUCCAGAACUACGUGAUGCUGUUGUGUUUUUCAUUCAGUUGACAGCUCCAGCCAAGACCUUCUGAGGUCAGUGAACAGAGGGAAUGUGUUCACGUGCCAGUCCCCAUCUGAUGUGUCACUGAGAUAGACACAGACCAGGUUUGGACAGAGUUAGCUGAGACUUGAUUCAACAGAUUGUGUAGAGCAGAACAGGAUUAAAACACAUGCCAAAAUUGUUUACAAGUUUACAAUUGUUUAAAUUUACAGCAUAACUGUAAAAUUUUACUGAAUGGGCUGGGGUCCCAUUCAGGCCUGUGUACAUUAAUUAUUAAACUGAGUAGGUCUUUUCUCCUGAACAUCCCUCUGUGAGUUACCAGUGGAUUUAAUGAUGACUAGGUCUUGGCCAAUUCAAUCAUUAACUUAUUAACUGUGACAAUUGUUCAACAGUAGCUUUGUGAUUCCUCAAGGUAUUAAGACAAAAGAAGAUCAGGAAACUGAGURAACAGCAUUUCUUCUGAAUUUUCCACAAUUAGAACACAGCUUUCUAUUUGCACUGGUAAAUUAUUCUAUAGCCAUUCCUGCAUUUUCAUUAUUUCUCCCCAAAGUUUAUUGUAAGAAACCUAGAUUGAACAAAAUAAUAUGAACUGAUAGGUAAGCAACUACAGCUGGAGAUUUUGACAUCUGCAGCUGUCCUAGUGUACAAUUAAGUACAUGGAUUUUAGAGCUGAAUCCAAAACCUUAAAAUGUCAUGUAAAUACUUUUAUUUUUAAUAUAUUUUAUGCUGUUUUUUGUUGGAGUGGCUGGAAACUGCAGGGAAGUUUACAACCAGUCUUCUAAAAUCCUAACAUUAUUGGAUUAAAAUAAGUAUUUAUUUGUGUUAAGAACAGAAGUUUUAAUAAAAUUAUUUGUUUCAUUAUGCAUAAAUUAUUUCAAAAUUCAGAGGUUUAAAAGUCAUUGCAGGUACUGCUUGCCCAGUUGGAGACUCACCAUUUUCAGAAACAAUCAAGUCAUCUUUGAAAAUGAAAAUUCUCCUACAGAAUCUCAGAUUGGGAGCCAAAAGUCAAUGGUUACUCAAGAAAACUGACUUAAUUUUCCAUCUUUAUCUUUUCUUCAUUUUCUUCUGAAGUUCAGCUCAAAUUGGGUUGUGAGAGAAGYCUGGUUUUAGCUGACUUUUAAUUUUUCCAACCUAAGCGAUUCUGUCAUUCUACAAUUCUGUGCCGCAGAUGCUGUGAGCUGAUAAAUUAGAGCACAAAUAUCAAGCACAUAAUACUUUAUGACCUUGUUCUUACCACAAUAAUCUGUCUUUAAGUAUUAGAUUUUUUUUUAUCUGUAUCUUCCAUAGUGAAACCAAACCUAACCUUUGGCACCUAAACUACCUCUCUUUGAACAAAAUUGUUUUGAGCUGUCUUGGUUGUUUGCACGACAAACUUGAAUUUAUUUUGGGAAUAAUAACAUUACAUUGACAUGUAGGCA